AACCAGCAGCACAGUUCAGACAGACAGCAACAGGGACCAACUUCCAAAACACAGAAGACAUCACCGAAGUGGAAACUUUGCCGAUCUUCUGAGAUUUUUUUCUUCUUUUGACUUUGGUUCACACUUGAUUAUCUGUCUUUGAAAUUAGUUUUAGCAUUUUUGUUGCAUUUUGUGCCCCAGCAGAGCUCGCCAUGAGGUGCUGUGUGUUAGUGGUGUGUUUACUUUUGGGAAUAGGCGUGCAGAACGGAUGGAGCCGUCCUGUCAAGUCGGUCGUUGUCACCUUCCCAGGGGACGUCAUCAAAAAUGUGGCAGAUGUGGAGCUGGCAGAAAGUUAUUUGAAAAGGUUUGGUUACAUGGAGGCGGCGCAGCGCAGUGGCUUCAAGUCCAAGGUGUCCACAGCAAAGGCUCUGAAGAGGAUGCAGAGACAGAUGGGUCUGAAGGAGACUGGAGAACUGGACUGGCCGACACUGAAGAUCAUGAACAAACCUCGCUGUGGUGUUCCUGAUGUGGCCAAUUACAACUUUUUUGGCGGGCAACCCAAAUGGGACCAUACAAAUAUUACAUACAGUAUCCUGAACUAUACUCCUGACAUGGACAGCACUGUGAUUGAUGAUGCCUUUGCAAGAGCCUUCAAGGUGUGGAGUGAUGUCACUCCUCUGACGUUUACCCGCCUUUUUCAAGGCACUGCAGACAUCAUGAUCUCCUUUGCAACAGCUGACCACGGGGAUCCAUACCCCUUUGAUGGCAAGUAUGGCGUUCUAGCUCACGCCUUUGCUCCUGGUGUGGGCCUUGCUGGGGACGCCCACUUUGACGAUGAUGAACACUGGACUCUAGGAAAAGGACCAGUGGUGAAGACUUACGGUGGCAAUUCGGGAGGUGCCGUAUGUCACUUCCCUUUCAUUUACGAAAGGAAAUCGUACACCACCUGCAUGACUGAAGCCGUAAUCAACGGCGUGCCCUGGUGUGCAACCACAGCCAACUUCACCAGAGACAGGAGAUUCGGCCACUGCCCAAGUGAACUCUCGUUCACGGUUGGUGGAAACGCUGGUGGAGCCCCCUGUGUCUACCCCUUCAUCUUCCUGGGUAGGGUGUAUAAGAGCUGCACCACCGACGGCCGCACCGACGGAAAACGCUGGUGUGCCACCACUAGUAACUUUGACAUACACAGGAGAUUUGGCUUCUGUCCCAAACGUGACUCUGCUGUAAUUGGAGGAAACGCAGAGGGAGAUGCCUGCCACUUUCCUUUUGUGUACCAGGGCACGGUAUACAACUCAUGUACUAGUCAGGGGAGGGGAGACGUCAAAUUGUGGUGUGCCACCACUGACAACUAUGAUAGAGACCAGAGAUGGGGUUUCUGUCCCACACGUGACACUGCUGUAACUAUGACAAGUCCAGAUGGAGAUCCCUGCCACUUUCCUUUUGUAUUUCGGGGCAUGGCUUACGACAAAUGUACGACUGACGGGAGGACAGACGGCAGAUAUUGGUGUGCGACCACUUUGAACUAUGAUAGAGACCAGAGAUGGGGUUUCUGUACUGACCUGGGUUAUAGCCUGUUCCUGGCGGCUGCCCACGAGUUCGGACACUCCCUGGGUUUGUUUCACUCCACCGUUAGACAAGCUAUCAUGUUCCCCCUGAUAAGCUAUGUGGAGAAUUUCUCCCUGGAUCAGGACGACAUUGAUGGCAUUCAGUACCUCUACAUUAAUACAUCAGGCCCUCAUCCUACUCUCAACACCCCAUCUGUCGUGACAGCGUCACCCAUUGUAGAUCCAACCAAAGACCCCUGCAAGAUGCUCAAGUUUGACACCAUCACUCUGAUUCAGAGACAUCUGCAUUUCUUCAAAGAUGGGCAUUUCUGGAAGGUAUCAAGCAACGGAGAUCGAAAGGGACCAUUUUCCAUUUCUCAGAGUUGGCCAGCUCUACCUGCUGUCAUUGACUCUGCCUUUGAGGAUGUUCAGACCACAACAAUAUACUUCUUUUCAGGAACCAGGUUCUGGGUGUACACAGGAAGCAGUGUGCUAGGUCCCCAAAAUAUUGAGAAGUUUGGUUUGCCCCCAAGUGUGCAGAAGGUGGAGGGAGCGCUGUAUAGAGGGAAGAGCAAAGUGCUUCUCUUCAAUGGAGAAAACUUCUGGAGGUUUGAUCUCAAGACCCAAAUGAUUGACAAAGGAUACCCCAAAUAUACCGACACCAACUUUGGUGGUGUCCCUAAUGAUGCUCAUGAUGUGUUCCAGCACAAAGGCAACAUUUAUUUCUGCAGAGAUCUUUUCUACUGGCGCCUGAAUUCUCGCAGGGAGGUGGACCACACCGGCAAUGUGAAGUACGAUCUUCUGAAUUGCCCAAAAUAAUCAAGAAAUAAUAACUGAGAUACAUGCACAGAUGGGCUGUGAGGCUGUAGCAACCAAAUGUUUCUUUGUGCAGGUGUCUGAAAGAAUGUGAUGCAUUGUUUGUGCAUCAUGCCUUUUGUAUGAUGCAUGUGCUUUAUGCAAUGUGAACGACUGGUUUCUAUUGAAUUUGGCUGAUUAUUACUCAUACAGCAUUGGACUGAAUGCAAGUCACAGGCCCAGAAGGCAAGAAACCAUUGUUUGCACUCAGUUUGACAUGCUGUGAACUGAUGACCAUAGUGGCCUAUAAUUUGAGACCCAUACAAGUAAAUUCAACACAUGCUUUCUGGAUAAAACUAGAUUUCCAGAUGAAAUUUUAUGUCUGACUGGUUCAGACCCUUGUCAGUAUUCAAAUAUUUUUUUUUGGUAUUUAUAGCAACAUCUAAUAUUAUUUUAUGUCAUGAGCCUAUUUGUUCUGUGUGGUUUUAUGAGAUUUUCUGAAAAUGGUUUCAAAGCCAUAAACUGCACUGGAAGACAUUCUGUGUCUCCUUAAUUAAAAGUAUUUAUAAAACUAAUAAUUUUGUACAAAUAUUCCAGCUUUCAAUGCAGUAAAAUUUCUGUGAGAACUUUC